GGUGAUGUGCUGCUGACAUUCGAUCAGCUGUUGUUUUUGAGCCAUGAACAAAUUAAGCAAAGGAGGAGACAAACGUUGAGAGAACAAGAACGUCAGAACGAACGCAGGAAUAAGCAGCAGUGUAGUGUCGAUUGGGACAGGCCGGGACACGCGCGCGCGAGAAGCCUGAAACGUUCGUUCGGCUAAUGAAAUUUGGACACCAGUAACACACCAUAUUAAAUUUAAUGUUGACGUAUGAAAGGAAAAGGAGAUCUAAAAGGCAGCGUCUCCUCAUGACCGCAGCGUUGAUUAUGUGUAAUCUACUGUUUAAAACUUUAGCGUGAAUAUCGAGUCUCGAGAAGAAAACUAAGUGAAUUUUUUAUCGGGCGGAUAAUGUUGAGCGUGGAAGAGGAUUCCAGUACUCCACGAAAUGUUGAUGAUAGUGAACAACCGGCCACGCAAUCAGAGAAUUCCGACGUGGCCAGAACACGACGCUCAUCAAUAGAAGAAAGACUCGCGAGCAAGAUGUUUUCAUAUUCGAGGGAAAUUAUUUGUCUCUAUGUUGCUGUCACACUCACUCUUGGUUUUGCUGCGAUUCAUAGCGCGCCUCCAAGAAUAUCCAAACCUCCUGCAGCCCAACCUUUUUUCAACCAGAGCUCAGUAAUAUUGGAUUUUUAUAAAGGACAUUUAGAAGCAAUGGUAAAGCGUACGUCCGACGCAGAUUUGAGUUUUGUCAUGUACUAUGCUCCUUGGGACGCCGAAAGUCAGGCUGUCAGACAUGAAUUUGAAACUGUCGCCCAAUACUAUUAUUCCAAGAUUUUUUUUGCUGCCAUCAAUUGCUGGCAUCCCGGAUCCCAAUGCAGGGCUCAAUACAAUAAAAUUCAGAGUUAUCCAGUCCUCAUACUUUAUCCUUCCAGAGAUACCCCUAUUGAGUACAGAGGAAUAAAUACAGCUCCGUACAUGAUACGAUUUUUGGAAUCGUUCAUACAUCCGAUAAAUAGAAUAACCAAAAGAGAAGAGCUUGCUCAACUUCUUGUGGAAAGUGAUGCAGUAGUGGUUGGAUUUAUCGAUUUUAAGGGUUUAUCCAUUAGUCCGGGAUACAAAGAAUUUUACAGAACAGCAACGCGAUUUUUGGGGCGAGAUCCGAACAGAGAUGUGACUUUUGCACUCGUUACGGAUGUUCAAACAGCCAGCAAGGAAUUUGGCAUUUAUAACUUCCCAUCUGCGAUAUUGUCAAUGUGGAAUGAAACAUUGAUCUUUUCAACAGAGAAAAUGUGGACAACCCAAAAUUUGCUAAAUUGGAUUGGUGGCUCGAUGCACAAAGUUGCACUGUGGCUUCAACCACCGGGUGUUAAAUCUUUGACUCUGGCUCCCUAUAUGCGGGAUGGUCCUGUACUUUUUCUGUUCACACCGCGAAAUCCUCUUCACGAUUCAAAUUACAAUUUCAAAUUGCUGAGAGAAGUCGCGUUGCAAUAUUACAGUUGUGACGACAUUUUAUUAACUGAGAAUUUGGUUGAGCGGUUGAGAGAAAAUAUUCGUCAGGGAGCCGCAAAGCAUCGCCAGGCAAGUCAGAAAUGUGCGGAAGUUUUGAAGGAAAGAAAUUCGAGAAGUGACGCACCUACUGUAAGCGUGUUCAUUCAACGAUGGAUAAACGACAGUUGUUGCGCCAGAGUAGUGAUGAACAAAUGUUUGUCGUGCAAGAAAACACUCGGUACCAAUUCGAACGUGGAAUCUGGUGUUUGCAGCAUGUCCGAGGGUAGCAUUCAAGAAAUUUGCAAAGGCUUGGACGUUUUUAAAGCUGCGGAAAACGGGGAGGAGUUCGAAAAGCACCAAUUUUGUUGUGGUGGCGAUCGAAACUGGAACGCUAAUUUGAACGAAGAAUCUUCCGAUUCUCGAGAGAAUUACAAAUCCUCGGUACCAACUAACGAAAAAGAUCCACGGUCGGCACUGGGCGUAAAAGCAACGUUUUUCAAGGAUCAGUGCAUCAAAUUCUUGGCAGGAAAUAAAUAUCACUAUCCUAUUUUUCCGAAAGUAACAGGAGACACCCACCAAUCGAAAGUUACAGCUUCGGCUUGCAGAAUGAACAAGACUUUGGCACUCAUAGCCAUAGACAGUGUUCAGUACUUCCAUUUUGCCGAGGGACUCGGCAUUGAUAUUUUGAAAAUGAAAGAUAAGACCGCCGUCGUUAUUUUAGAUGCUGAUCAAGAAAGUCAGUACCUGAUGAAACAACCAUACAACCGCGAAUCAUUGAUAAACUUCAUCAACCAAUAUACCGAGGGUGUGUUACAACGAACCUUACGUUCUGAGAGCUCCAAAAGAUUCGCGCACGACUUCAAGAGCCGGCGGGGAUGUGAAAAUAUUAAGGAAACUGAGAUUUGCAUUCGAGAAUUAAAUGCAGAGACAUUUUUGGACGCAGUUUUAGACCCCAAAAUGGAUGUCGUUGUGAUGUAUCAUUCACCUUACUGCGCGUUCUGCAGUGCAAUCGCUUACGUGUAUCUGACCGUUGCUAAAUAUCUCUCGAAAAUGGAUCAUUUAACUUUCGUGAGAAUUGACGGCGACAACAACGAUUUGCCCUGGGAAUACAGCAUGGAUCGUUAUCCCUCGAUUUUGUUUUUUCCAGCAAAACGGAAAGAGGACAGCACCGUGUAUCCUUUCGCGUUACCGAUAACAAUACGAAAUCUAUUGAACUACGUAUUGGCAAACCUGGAAGGUGAUUCGCACGUGGAGGCGUUGGUUAAUAUUUGUAGUUACGGUUCCGGAGAGCCACCUCAAGACUGUGUAGCACGAACGCGUCGUCUGUGUCUGGAGAUAAUAGACAAAUUAUUGAUGAAUUAUCGUAGAUCGAGGCGCAGCCGCGAGUCGUUAUCGAAAAAGCGUGCGAGCCACGUGCGACGAGAAAUAUUAUUGAAACUGGAGCACAUGAGAGAAGUGCAUUUGAUCCUCGGCUCGGUGGAUAAUCUUCGGACGGAGGAUGGUAAAUUGGAGCAAAUUAGGCAGAAGUUCAAGACUUAUUACAAAAAUCUCGCUGCCCUUGGAAAACACAGUUAUAAGAAGAGUCACUCGCCAUCAAAGGAUAAAGCCGGAAACGCUGUGAUAGUUGAGUCACAGAGAAAAGAAGACAAAAAUCUUAAAGACGAAUUGUGAUACGUGAUCGGUCGUUUUAUCGACACCGCACUGCGAUUUGGACAUCGCUAUUUUCCAUACUCAAACGUUAAUUCCCCCAAUCAAUUUCGGUGAAUACGAGACUCGUGUUUCAACUGAUUCGUCAGAUAUUCAAGAAACGAUUCUCGUAUAGCCGAGAUGAAUUUUUCACCACAACUUUUUUACGCGAUCCGAAAAGGAUUUUUCCUGCGUGCAAGUCACGAGUUUGGCUCAGCACGCAUCUUUUUCCUGUGUGGACAGGAGUAUUUUUUCACCGUCAUAAAUUUAGUCUCACUCGUUGGCAUUGCUUUGACGGUUAUUGUGAAUUUCGCGAAUUUAUUCGAACCAAAAGCGUCACAUCCAGCAAAGGGAAUGAGUAAUAUUACCUAGUCGUGCAUUGAUCUAACGAUCGAUUUUUAUCGCCCGAAUGCCGGAGGCUGGAAUUGAGUGCAAUAUUUUUUACUCUGUUCGAAAAUACGAGAAUUGCCCGAGGUUUAAGCAUUUCUUUUGUUUCCUUCGAACGAUUCCUUCACAAUCGAUUCGAUUCCUCUCGCAACUCUGGCUUACUCGUGAAAUCAGUUUUUAAUCAAUUUUUAAUAAAACAGCUCAAAAUCAUUCCAUCGAAACCGAUAAUUGUUCGACAAUUUUUCGUAUGAACGUACAGCUGUUAAAAAAAUUAACAAAUUCGAAGAAAUCUCAAACGUUCACGUAAUUUAUUUGAAUAAUAUUAUUUCAAUGAACGACAUUCAAAUCAUGAUGAAUUGAGGCACAACGAUCAGUUUGGGUUUCCAUCAGUUUAGUGUGUGAUUUAUCUUUUUUUUUAUCGAUCGCACGCGAAACCAACAGAAACAUUGAUCGUUCCUAAUAUUGUAAUAGCUCCAUUGUAUUCUCGUAUUUAUUUUGCUUUUCAAUAGUUCCACUGGAAUCUUCCAUCAUAGAUUGGUAUUUUUGAUGAAUUUUCAAUGAAAUUAUAGGUUAUAAAAUGAUCAAAGUGAAAAUCGAAAGAGAAACCGCGUCGAAAAUCUAGCGAAUUGCGAAUUCUAAAUUUAUGGUUGAUGUGAUAAAAAAACCAAGGAAAUUUCCACUGCUUCUUGAGAAUUUUUAGCUCGGCAUGAAUAUUUUUUGACGCGUUGAUGAAAUCAUUACGAUAAAAUAAAGCUGUAUACGAUUAUUUUGGUGGUGAUAAAAAGACGUUAGUUAGUGAAAAUACGUGAUUAGUCAAUUUCUAUGAGAAGUUUGAAUAAUUCGCUCAAUAGGCGAGGCUGAACGGUGCGAGACUCAAUAAUAAUAAUAAUAAUAAUAAUAAUAAGUGAUACUAUCGUGUAUCAGAGUACGUGUAUGCGAGUACGAGUUCGUUUAUGGGUGUGAACGUCGGAGGUUUUGUUUUACGCUGCAAAUUGUAAAUUGUCUAUAUUUCAAUUGAUGAGUGUGAGAGGAAACGGUGUACAAACUGUACAGUUAUUAGUCAUCUGAGAAACUUCUUAUUAAUGUAUGAAAAUGAUAUUCGAACGAGAAGAAUCGUAACUGCUUCUCGGAGACUGACACUUGUCAUUAAUCUGAUAAAUCUGUUUCUCCAUUCAAUCGUGAAACGAGAAUUCGUUCAACUUUUUAUUCGAUUUUUCUGUCGUUGAAUAGACAGAAUGAAAAAAUAAUUUCCGUUAUGAUAAUUCAUCGACUCAAGAUUUCGAGGUUAAAAAAAGCUGAAAGUCUCAAAUUCGACAGAAAUUCUACGGCGUUAUUAUUUUCCAAUGAUAACGUACUAAAUUUUGUUCGAAUGUCAAUUUUUUUACUUUCUCACUGAUCUGCCAUCGAAUCAUGUUACUGAGAAUUUUUUUUUCAACUGAGAAUAAGUACAAUGAUUUUGAACAAAAAAUUGAGCCCCGAAGCGUUCGUGGAACAUUCAAUUAUGUAAAUUCUAAAGGGCACAAAAAUUUUGUCGUCCGAUACACCGAUGCGGUUGAACUUUAAUUUACAAACGGAGGAGCCUAAUUACGAAAAUUAUUCGAACGACAAAUGGGAGAAAAAUUGAAGGAAAAAGUUAUAUUUUUGUAGCGAGUGCAUUUUUCCUCUGUUUGUAAUGGCAGGAGUCGAUGCGACCGCAGCGCCGAAGCUACUGAGUAUCGACACGAUAACGAAUUCGCACCUUCGAAAACAAAGGUUUUCUCAAUUUUUUACAAGUGGAAAAAACACGGCUGAUGAUUAUUUGCACUGUUCAUUGACACGAGCCGACGAAUCUUAACUCGGAAACUACUAAGUAUAUAUAAUAAGAAAACGUAUAUUUAUUUAUUUAAAAUAUAUAUUUUAUGUUUAUUUCAAAUGAAUUCAGUGUACAGCGUAAAAAAAUGUGGUUCGAAUGGAGAGAAAAGAAAGAGUGCUGUUGCUGUAAAUUUAUGUAAAUACAAUAAUAAUAAUUGUUAUUUUAUGUGUUGAA